CGCCGCCGCCAUGGGCCGUAAAAAAAUUCAAAUCUCUCGAAUAACGGACGAACGCAACCGUCAGGUGACGUUCAACAAGCGCAAGUUCGGUGUGAUGAAAAAGGCGUAUGAAUUAAGUGUACUUUGCGACUGUGAAAUCGCCCUAAUAAUUUUCAGCAGCUCAAAUAAGUUGUAUCAGUACGCCAGCACAGACAUGGACAAGGUCUUACUGAAAUAUACAGAAUACAAUGAGCCUCAUGAGUCGCUCACCAAUAAAAAUAUAAUCGAGCAGGCACUCAAUAAGAAGGAACAUAAAAACGGCUCAUUCAGCCCAGAUAGCCCGGACAAUGACUCGGAUCAACUAACCCCUAAAACAAAUGAAAAGUACAGUAAAGUAGAUGAAGAAUUUCAAAUGAUGAUGCAUCGAAAUCAGAUGGCAAACAAUAGGGUACAAUCAUCAAAUUAUACCCUCCCCGUGACAGGGCCUGUUGGAUACUGUGACUCUAGUCCAUUUCAAGCGAGUCCUUUGAUGGGACAGAGCAGUAAUGUUAGCCCAAGGCCCUCGUCAUCAGAAGCAGACCCUGUUUAUCCUCCCGGUAAUUUACCAGAAAUAUCAAAUGGAUAUCCAAGCAACUCCUCUCCGGUUCUAGGAGGGUCGCCUUCACCAGGUGUGCCUCCGUCAGGGCCUCCACACUCCAUACCCCAAAAAAUAUCCUUAACCAGACGUUCACCACCUCUGCCGUCUACACAGAGAGCGAAUCUGAGACUGGUAAUUCCUAAUUCACAUGAAGAGGCAAGUAGUAAUAAUAUCACACCCAACUCUGUGUUACACACUCCAGUGGUAGCACUAUCAACACCUGUUGUCUAUCCUGCAGGCAUGUUUCCAAGUAAUUCUGCUGACUUAAGCCUGGCCUCGUUUAGUUGGAACCCUAAUGCUCACCCAAGCAGCUUCACUCAUGUUGGCGGAUCAAAUUCGUCACCACCUCCACCAUCACCCUCUUUGUCGCCGCACUCUGUGAGCAUAAAAAGUGAACCGAUAUCACCUCCUCAAAAUGAGCAGCACACCUCACAUCUCCUCUCUCCUCAUCCUCUAGUGCAAGUGCCCUCAUCUGUAGCAGAAUUAAGGCAUUAUGAUGAAGGAGGUCCUCCCAGCAAAAGGCUUCGAGAGAGUUGGCCCACAUAACGAAAGAAUUACUCUGCUCCGUCUCAUGAUGAGAUGGGGGCAGAUUUCAGGACAUACCACUCAAACUUUGCGGAAUUUCAUCGCAGCCAAAAGUCUGUUCUCUAUUGAAUACAAGUUGAAAAUACAUAUUUGUAAUUGUGCCAUAACAUUCCCUCUCUUCUGGUGUCUCCUCCUAUUGAGUCUCCUUUCCUUGCUCCCCCUCCCUCGUAAGUGUCGUGUACCUCUUCUCCCACCCUUCGUACUAGCAUGUCUGAAUCCCCUCGCUCUUUGCUUCCAGAUUCUGGAAUCCGAACUGUAUAUUUGUUGUAGAUGUUAUAAAGUUUAUUUUUCAAUCAAAAGAAUCACUAUUUUCUUGGAAAGUGUUUGCUGCACUUAAAUAAUUUGUCAUUUUUAUGUCAGUAAUUACCUAAACAGAUGUAAUCUCACAAGUAUGCUCUCAGACAUUGAAAAUGAGCCAACUGUGGUUUUUACUCUGUUGAUUGCUUUUGCGUGAUUUGAAGAAUACUGAUUUUGCAUUUUCGGAAAAUACAAACCCGGCAACAGUGUGACUUUCUUGGUAUCUUACUAUCAUCCAUUGCCUCAGACAUAAGUGAACAUAUUUUGGUAAUCUUGCGUAUUCUAAAAAUGUUGGGUUUUAAGAAGGCUUAGGUCACAGAAUAAGAAGACUAAAGUCAGGCGCACAAGCCUUGGAUAUUUUCUUGUCAACGAAGCAAAACCGUUUCAAGAAGUACUGUUUACGUCUGUGGUUUGUUGAUAUUCUGGAAUGGAGAAAUGAUAAAGAAUUCAUAUGAUCCUAGGAAAAGAAAUGUUUUUUUUUGCAUUGAUUCUCGUUUAAAUUGGAGAAAUAAUGUGAAGUUGCCAAAAAUUGUAAGCUUUUUCAAAUUUGUUUCCAGUAGGUCAACUUUUAAUAAGGAGACUUCAAGAAGUAUGAAGAUGACGGACGCAAGGAAGAAGAUAUUAAUGUAGGUGUCUGUGGAGCUUGCGCUUCUGUUGACGAAGUCUUCUUAUUCUGUGCAAGGGUACCUUUUUUGGAGUACAGUUUUCUAUAGAACAUGAAUAACUAUCAUUAUUUGGCACACUAUAGUUAAAAUAUCAAUGUAGUAAAAGCUCCAUGGUGGAAUAUUUAUUCAUCAAAGAAAGUCAUUUUAUCUUAUUUUAAAGUAAAAGUUUCACAAAUAACUACACUUCAAACAUUUCAUGUUCGUGUUCUUUUUAGAGGUGUAAAAUCUAAAUUUUUCAAAUUGUAUGCUAAGCAUUGACCUCUGGUUUAUAUCAUCCAUUUGUUCAUUCUUUCCAUUGAAUAUCAUUCAUAUAUUUAUACUUACUUACCUUGGGAUUCAGUAACCAGACUAGGGUCACAGCAUUUUUGUUAGGUUGUUAUAUGAUGGGUAAUCACUCAAAAAUUUAUCAUAAUUUAAACUCCAAUUUUUUUUUUUGCCAAGGAUACUUGGAGUAGUUGGAGUAAAAUCAAAUUAUUUUAAGCAGUUAAUGUUCCUCUGUUUUCCCAUCUGUUAGUAUUCUAGAAAAUUAUUUUUUGGUUGAUAUUGUGGUUUUUCCACUUAAUCUUUUAAUCUGGUAGGUUUCGACAAUUGUUAUCACGCACUAAGACUUGAUCAAGAAUGCAAUGCUGUGGCAAUCUGGUUUAAAAUCCCACUGAAUCCUGCUCAAUCGUGACAAAUUCGAGAUGUGGAAAAACAUUCAGGGCUUGCCAAGUUUGAAGGCAUUAUCGAAGCGGUCCAAAAUGCCAAACGCCCGAUGAAGUUGAACUGAUACAUUUGUUCUUGUUUUCUUGAAUUUCAAUGAUUUGCAGGCUAGGCAAAUUUACAUUUGUAGAUCAUACUAAGAGACAAAAUCUGUGCUAUAUUUUCUUAUUCACUUUCGUACCUAUAAUUGUUCUUAAAUUUGAUAUGAGUACCUAGUGAAGUUACAAGUAGGCAAAAUGGAGCUAUUUUGAUUGCGAAACUAAUAGGUGCUGUUAGAUUAUUUGAUGUUAAAUGUUCACAUAUUUACCGUUGCAAUUGUGGAGAAACUUUAUUUAAAGUGUUGCUUAACUUAAGUCUACUACCAUCAACUGCUUGCGGGUUGUAUUCAGUUUUUAUUGAGCAUAACUUUUGAGGAAGAAACCUGAAAGGCCUUAGGAUUUAUUACUGAAGAUUUCUUGAGACUUUAAGUUUUAUUCUUCUCCCCUUAAAUUUUGUGUCAGAAAUUAAGGGAGUUUUUCUGAAAAAGAAGCUGAUUUCAACUCGGUCACAUGUCUCAUCAAACUUUUUGAAUCCACAUGAACAUAACCUGACUUGAUUACGUCUAUGAAAUUGUUUCAAAGUUCAUUUUAUUUUUGAAGAAAAUUCUGCUUUAGGAUGUAAAUCCCUGUCAUUAGUGCAAUUGUAGAAUACAACCCAUAAGCAUGCAUGGUGCUCACCAACUUCAAAAUGGAACAAGAAUCAAACUAAACAUACGAGUAACUGUUUUGGUUUUCAUAUUUUAUCAUUUAUGAGCUUACGUAAAGGUUUUAUUUGUAUUUAACGAUGAUAGAUAAUUGUGUAACUAUUUUGUACAAAGUUUUUAAUUUUUGAAUUCAUUUUUGGGUGCUCUGUAGAGAAAGAACUAUUAUUGUUGAGAAGUUGUAAUUUUAUCGGCUAGAUUCUCCUCUUUUUAUCUCUAUUUUUCUUACUUGGAAACAAAACGAAAAUUGUUCGUUUAAUUAUUGUAUAUAGACAGGCGUGUUGCACUAAGUGCAAGAUCUGCCUCGUUUUCUUAUCACACUGUCGUGCCUCUGCUCCCAAAAUGAGAAAAAUUCAAAGGCAGUUCAUCUCGUACCCUAAGUUUAUUAUGGUAUCUAAGAUGUUCUUCAAGGUAGAUAUUUCUUCAUGAAAUCACUCUCUUGAUUUUUGGAGCUUGUAACAACUUCUUAUAAGAAAUACAUCUGCAAUUUUUAUUCUUUUAAACAUUUUCUUAAUCAGAAGAGAGAAAAGAUUACCAAUCUGUCUCUAAAAAGUAAUGUCACAGUAAUGCUACCGUUUCACUGAGGAGAGCCGUUAGUGCAAAAAUGAGCUUAGUCUAAGUGGAAAAUUUUAUUGAAAGAAGCCUUUGUUCUUUGUCAAAUUGCCAUUAAUCAUCAAAACUCUCAAAAAUGGUUUGGAUGAUUAAAAAUGGACAAAUUUCACAAGUAACACGGCAGUGUUUAUAGAUCAUGGUUGUGACUGUCUCUUUGAUCUACAUAGGGUCCAGUUUCCAAUUUAUUAAAAUCCUACUUUUGUGAAAUUGUAUGUGCCUCAAUAAUCGUGAUUCUUUUAAGCUGUGAGAAAACAAAGUCCAAACAAUAAAAUAUUCAAAUAUUCUUGAAGCUAAAUUUUGCAACUUCAAAUUUAGUACAAAAAGUUUUUCUGAAGUUGAUAAGCUCGCGUGGCCUGUUUAUUAAUUCUCAAUAGACACUUCAUACUUCUCUUGAUUUAUAAAAGAAGCAAACUUUUUCGAAACUUGUUCUCACUGCUCAAAUGAAGAUCCAUUUUCACUUGUUCUCCGAGGACCUCAGUUCUUUAGAGCUCAGAAAAGAUUGCAUUGUUUAUAUUUGGUAUAACAACUGCAAGCGACGAAAAACCAGUGUCUGUCAAGUCCUAUUUUUUAAAUUUUUGGAGCAGAUGACUGUUAAAUUUGUAACCAGUGUAACUGCUAAACUCUGUUAGUAUUUCAUGUGGUAAAUGUGUGAUGUAUGAGCUUAAAAAGUCUAUUCAUUUUAUUUUUGUUAUUUCUGUUUUGCACAAAAUUUAUGGAAUCUAUCACUUUCGGCAAAAAGUUACCAAAGAAAAGGGUUUGCCUUCAUUGAUCAAAACCUAAGUUUUUAUAUUUAAGAGUUCGUUUGUUUUCCUUCUCCUAGUGACCAAAUAUUAUUUUGCCCCAUAAUCUAUAGGGAUUAAAUUUUAUUUCGGAUCAGUGACCUUUCGACGAGCUUACAUGUUUUGCCUUUUGCAUCUUUUUCUUGAAACAGGGUAUCUGCAUCCGAUCCAUACCUGCCUGGUCGAUUGUCAUCUCAUGAAAUCACUUCAGAGUUUAGUCAAGACUAUGCUGAACAUUCUAGUUUAACUCUUCGUGUAGGCUUAAUAUCAGACUAAUUCCAUUCUUUCUUUUGUGUUUUCAUUUGUUACUAGAUCGAAAUGGACAAGUCAUUAGUGAUGUAUAAAGCUAUGUAAUUUUAAGUGUCUUUUAUGAUAUUUUUGGUUUGACAUUUGGUGAGAACCUUCCGAUCUGUAAUUCAGACGCGAAGAAAGCUCAAAAACUUUUGAAUCAGGUGGAAAUAGUUGCGCACUUUAAAGUGCGAAAGUUUUUCUUGCGCUUUCUACUUAAUCCAGUCUCUGAAUUUAAUUUUAGUUUGGUUUUCCUUGUCUUGUUUUGUUUUUAUUUUUCAGUUUCUUUUGUAUAUUUAAGUCAGUAGAAGUUAGGCUCCCCUUUUGUACAGUAAGUCUAGAAGAUUGCCUCAGAAAUAAAAAAACUAAGCAUAAAUAAUUGAGAGUCCAGCAAAAAUUAGGAAAAUUUCCCAACUUGUUUGGUCCCAUUCGUCGCUCCUGCUUUUCAUGAUAUCAGUCAAAAGCUGUCUCACAUUUUGCCAUUCAUACCAAACAUUCAGAUUAAUGUCAGAUAACAGUGGCGUAAUUAUCACUCCUACUGCCUAUGCUAGGCGUUGGGGGUGAGGGGUUGUGCAGCAAUGCAAGGGGCGCCAAAAUUGAAGAAAGGAAAGAAAGAUAAGUGGGGAGGCGCAAAGAUUCCUAGCCCCCUUCAGCUGGUAAGGGCCUUAAUCUGUUUCUCACUUUUUUGCAUCGUUUUAAAUAUGACUCGGCCAUGAAAUAUGUGUCAGAACCAGUUAGGUGUACAGAAUUUUUUACAUGCCAAGGCUAUUUUGAAGUAAUAAAUCAAUGAACUCAAGAGGUUUUACCGAAAAGGGUGCUGUUUAAAGAGCAAAAUCAUGUUUUUCUAAAUUUAGCUCCUUCCUUUACAGAUAAAGAAAAUAAUCUAACCUAGUAAGUGGUUCACUUGCUGUAAUUAGAAUCAGUCCUAAUUGCUCCUUGCAAAGUCUUUAUCUAAUGAAUAAUGCAGCUUUCUUGAAUUGUUGGUGCUUGGAUGACUAACUGAGCGGAGUAAAUUUUGAUAGACAGCAUACUCACCUACUGCUUUGUCAGUUUUUUGGUACCCUUUUUGAGACUGCCAAUUUCAGAAUGAUACAUCCCAUUUCAAAUUAAUGACUCACCGCUCCAUAUUAUUAGAUCCUCCUUGUUAAAAAAAAAUGAAAUAUACCACUUUAACAGUGAGUGUUCCUCGAGAAGUGUCACCCUCAUUGCAAGUCCAUUACUGAUCAGCCUAUCAAACAUGAAUUGAGGCAUUGAGUACCGAAAGGACACUUCUUAGUCGUGGUGUUUCAGGAUCUCUACUGCUACUUUAUAUUUGAAGAGGAAACUGUUGGAUACAUUUUCUGGAAUUUCUUGUCUUGAGCAUUCUAAAAUUAUAAUAAUGUUUUAUUCUAAAUUUAAAAAAUUAUGAACAUUUGCUUCGAUCACAAUGGAUGAAACAGUAGCAGGGAUUCUGAGACACUGCAACUGAAAAGUGCCCUUUCUGCAUCCAGCGCUUCAAUUGCUGUAAAACUUUAGUGCCCAGGCAAGAGAAUUAUAAGUCCAUAACAGAAAGGAUCUAAUUGAACUAGAUGUUUUAAUGGUACAUUUUGAUGGUCUCUAUCAUUUAUAGUUUCAGAAAAGCCUUGAAAGAUUAAUGAUAGCAAGGCGGAUAAAGAAUGGUGGUCGCAUUUCGUACCCUCUGGACGUCACACGGUAUCGGGUACAUCGGGUACAUUGGGCUGGCCGAGGCCGGGGGGGCCGACUCAACCUCGGAUUGCACGGCAAAACCCGUACCCUCCUGACGUCACAACGCUUCAAGAUGGCAGCCAAAAUCGAAAUGCGACCACCAUUCUUUAUCCGCCUUGAAUGAUAGCAUAGACUGAUAGUAAGUUCCAAAAGUAGUGUGCUUAUUUUCUUGUAAAUGAAUAUUUUAUUUGAAGGUAAACGGAGACAAUACUGCAAUGAAAUUACUGCACUCUUGCUUAGAAUGAUUGUUUUCUUAGCAGUAUUGUUUCUCUGAGUUGCUACAUCAUAAAGUUUCGUUGAAAACUGUUUUACACACCUACUCUGGGGUCCAAAGUAUUUUUUUAACUUUUUUACAAAUUAUGUCAUUCACACUGAUGCGAUCCAUUAAUGAUGAAAAUUAAAAACAUGAAGUAUUGCAGACAGCUCUUUGGAGUAAAACCUAGUCACAAUCUCAGCCUCAAAAUUUCCUUCCUCUUAGAAUAUUUCCUUACUACACUGAAAGGUAUUAACUCUUAUGUUGAGCAAAAAAUGUUGUAAAUCAGCACAUUUUUCUCUUGUAUUUUGAUGAGGAAAUGAGUUUUCAUCGAAAAAUUCUCAUGCACUCAAGGAUUUUCUUGCCUUAUGUGCCAGCCCUAACCUUGCAUUCUUAAGCAUCGUCUAUACCCCUGAGAUCAUGGUGAGGUAAUGCCUUAUUACAAGCCAAUUCUGUUGUGCCAACUUUUCAGGAGACAAAGCUCAUCUAUUUUAAAUCCAUGCUCAUUUGCAAGACCCUAAGAGGCUUUCAUUCUUCUUGUAAGGCGUUUUUAUCGUGAAAUGUUGAGAGCUGGAUUGAGGUAAGUUGAGAAACACCAAAUUGAUGACUUGUAAUUAAUUUUAUAAUUGCCCGCUCGGAGAAAAUGGAAAGAGAAAAUUUCCUGUUACUCUCUUAGCCUUAAAGUCACAUGAAAGAAACGUUUGCUACCGGCUUUUAGUUUUCCAACAAACCUAUCACUGUAUCAAUUUACAUCCAUUUUUAUCCCUCAGAAGCUUAAUUUGGAUAAAAUCACAAAACUAUACAGGCUCCUCAUUGCGCACAGCCGUAAUUGUGGGAAGUAUCUAUACAAAUAUUCUCUGCAAAAUAAAAGACGAGUCAUUCCAUUGCCUGUCACCUUAAGAGAGGUCUUUAACAUGACCCAAAAUGACGUUUAGCGUGUCUUCAGCAUUUUAAGACUAAACCGGAAAAUUUGAUUUUGGUACAGUAAGUAUACACCUGCAAGUUGCUUUGUUUACAGGUAUAAAUGGCAACAAAAUUGUGAACCUGUGCCUGUUUUAACUAUUUUUUGUGUUCAUAGUGACAAGUUGGGAUGAAAAUUGCCUUGCAAUAGAGAUCAAAGCAGUCGUAACUGUAUCAAUUUACACCCACCUUUAUCACUCAGAAGCAUAAUUUGGUUAAAAUUAUAAAACUGUACAGCCUGCAUUCAUUGCAUGUAACUGUCAUUAGGGCUACACUAAGUUCAAGGGCAUUUACAAGACUCAAUAAAUCCAAGCUUAUUUCCUACAUUUUCCAGUCAGUAAGUAAAUGAAGGAUUGCGGAUCUGCCAGAGAUAAUUGUAACAGCGUUAUUUUGUGUUUAUGAUGUUGCUCGAUCAGGAAUUCUAGUUAGUGUAGUCAAGAUUAAUGUACAUUACAAAACCCUUGUUCGUUUAUCAUUGUUAAAUAUUUUUAUGAUCUUUUAUUUAUUAAAAAAAUGAUUUUUACAUUGUUUUGGCUACAAUUAAAUUCUGUGUUUUUUAUUCUGAGCGGAA